AUGAGCCAUUUUUGUUGCUUCUUUUCUGAUGUGAAGAAUGUGGGCAUUGAUGAUAAUUUGAGGUCCAAGAGUGGAGAAGGAACGAAAGCCACCAGUUUCAGUUUUCGCGAGCUUGCAUCGGCAACAGGAGGUUUUAAGGAAGUGAACUUGAUUGGAGAAGGAGGUUUUGGAAGGGUUUACAAGGGUCAUCUCUCUACAGGCCAGGUUGUUGCUAUAAAACAAUUAAACCUAGAUGGUCAUCAAGGUUUUCGGGAAUUUCUCACCGAGGUUCUUAUGUUAAGCCUCUUACAUCAUCCUAAUCUUGUUAAGUUAAUUGGUUACUGCGCCGAUGGACAUCAAAGGCUUUUGGUUUAUGAAUACAUGCCUAUGGGUAGCCUCGAACGUCAUCUUUUUGAGAAAGAACCACUAAGUUGGAGAAUUCGACUGAAGAUUGCUGUUGGCGCUGCUAAGGGUCUAAAGUAUCUCCAUUGUGAAGCAAAUCCACCUGUUAUCUAUCGUGACUUGAAAUCUUCCAACAUUUUAUUAGACAAUGAUUUUAACCCAAAACUCUCGGAUUUUGGGCUUGCUAAACUUGGUCCUGUUGGAGACAAUACCCAUGUUUCCACCAGAGUGAUGGGAACAUAUGGGUACUGUGCCCCAGAAUAUGCAAUGAGUGGCAAAUUAACUGUUAAAUCUGAUAUCUAUAGUUUUGGUGUGGUCUUGCUUGAGUUGAUUACUGGACGUAAGGCACUAGAUCUCACCAGAAAACCGGGGGAGCAAAACGUAGUUUCAUGGGCUCGCCCAUUUUUAAGUGACCGGAGAAAGUUUUCGCAAAUGGUUGACCCUCUUCUGCAAGGAAACUACCCCUUACGCCGUUUGCACCAUGCAAUUGCUAUUACUGCAAUGUGUCUCCAGGAACAACCAAAUUUUCGUCCGCAUAUUCGUGAUAUUGUUGUUGCACUGGAGUACCUGGCUUCUUAG